CUCUCUCUCUCUGCCUUUUAAAUUGUAGGAGUUGGACAAAACCCUAAUAAUCCCCCGUCUGUAUCACUCCACACCUAGCAGCGGCGCUCUAGCACCAUGGGUAUUGAUUUAGUCGCCGGAGGCAAGAGCAAGAAGACCAAGCGCACUAAACCCAAAUCCGAUGAUAUCUACAUCAAACUGCUCGUCAAGUUGUACUCAUUUCUGGUGAGGAGGACUGGUAGCAAGUUCAAUGAAGUUGUUCGUAAGCGUCUGACUAUGAGUCGGGUUAACAGGCCCCCUCUUUCUCUCUCUCGCCUCAGCGCUCUCAUGAAGGGCAAGGAGAACCAAAUUGCAGUCCUUGUUGGUAGUGUCACGGACGACAUCCGUGUUCAUGAAAUCCCAGCCAUGAAGGUGGCUGCUCUGAGGUUCACCGAGACCGCAAGAGCUCGAAUCGAGAAGGCUGGUGGUGAAUGUUUGACUUUUGACCAGCUUGCUCUUAGGGCUCCACUUGGACAGAACACGGUGAUUCUGAGGGGUUCAAGGAAGGCUCGUGAAGCAGUGAGGCACUUUGGUGCCGCACCUGGUGUUCCUCACAGCCACACCAAGCCCUAUGUGCGCUCUAAGGGCAGGAAGUUUGAGAAGGCCAGAGGUAGGCGAAAGAGCAGGGGUUUCAGGGUUUGAUUUAUUUGCGUUACCAGUCAAGUUUGUUUCUCGAUUUUGUGCUUUUCGAAUAUUAUUUGAUAGACUUGUACUGAUUAGACAUGCCUUUUUUACGAAUCUGUUGUUUUGAAAAUUUUGGGAUUGAUUUCUCUUCUCAUAUCUUGUGUGUGCCCCUUACUAAUGUGCUCUUCAAGAAAUUGGACAAACUUUAUUAUUCGUCCUGAGUUUUGAUAUUUAUUAUACGUGGUAUGUUAUCUUUCCU